AUGCGGUCUCACCGCCAAGCAGCGAAAGAUGUAGCACCAGCAGCAGCGCCCAGCCUCAAGCACCUGACGCAGCUGGCGGUCGUGGGAAUAUGCGUGGGAACAGCCGCGGCAGGGUCCACGACUUCCUCCGCCUCGGUACCGCGGCGGUCGUCGGCAAUGGAUGCCAGGAGCCCGCUCGCCUUUGCGCUACCUCCGUCGUUGCGGCCGUCACUUCGCUUCGCCGACGAUACCCGGGACGUGCGCGGAGGGCGCCGACAGGCCGGCGGGAGGAGGGCGGUGGCGGCUUCGGCGGCGUCUCUAGGGGGGGCGACGUCGAUGUUUUCGUGGCGGCGGGGAGGGGGGGGAGGGGGUGAGUCUCGGGGGAUGGGGGGCAGGAGGAGUAGCAGAAUAGAGGCUUACCCCGCCUUUGGAACGGGUACGGCCGCGGGACCGCGGUUGAGGGCGGUGGGAUCACCACUGAAAAAGGCGUUUUCGUGGGGGCGGGGGCUCCAGAGCAGGGGAGAGGGGGUGGGGGGGGUCAGGGUCGAUUCCAUUUCUUCCGCAGCGGCGGUGGCGGCGGCGGCGGCGGCCACGGCCACAGGCGGGAGUGACAAGGUCGGGGGCGCAGUGGGUGGCGCGAUGGAGGCGGAGGGCCCCGCGAGUUUUAAGCUCGGCGCGGACCUCAUGACGGACCUGAAGCGUAGGGCGAAGUUUUACAAGUCCGAUUGGUCGGACGGAGUCAACCGCAAGUCCUUGCCGGCAAUCAUGUUUCUCUACUUCGCUUGCCUCCUCCCGGCGGUGGCGUUCGGGGGAAUCGCCACCCAGGUAACCCAGGGCACGCUAGGCGUGAUCGAGUACGUGGUGUCGUGCGGCCUGGGGGGGAUGACGUACGCGGCUUUCGGCGGCCAGCCAAUGACGUUCAUCGGCCCGACGGGGCUCACGCUGGCGUUUAUGACGUCACUCUACAGCUUCACGUCCGUGGCGGGGCUCCCGUUCUUGCCAGUGUAUGCGUGGGUGGGGCUGUGGACGUCGGCGUUCUUGGCAACGCUGGCCUUCGUGGGGGCUUCGAACCUGAUCGAGUUCGCGACGCAGUUCACGGACGACGUGUUCAACGCGCUUCUCUCGGUCAACUUCAUCUACGAGGCCGCGCGGUCUCUGAUGCGGAACUUCAGCCCCGCUGCGGCCGGAUACACCCAGGCCGGCGCGCUGAUGAGCCUGAACGUUGCGGUGGCGACGUACGUGGGAUGCCGCAAGACAUCGGGGGCCCUAAGCUCGACAUUUUUCAACGGCGGGAUUCGCGAGUUCAUGUCAGACUUCGGACCUUUGGUGGUGAUCGUGGGCAUGUCGUGCUUCUGCGCCCUCCCGUCAUGGAAUGGUCUGCUGAGCUUCCUCGAGGUGCCGAACGCCUUCAUGCUGUCUAAGGGCCGUUCCUGGGUAGUUCCCAUGUUCUCCGUCACGCCGGUGGUGAGGCUGGCCUGCGCUGUCCCAGCCAUGUUGCUCACGUCUCUCUUUUUCUUAGACCAAAACAUAUCGGCUAGGGUGGUGAACUCCCCGCGGCACAAGAUGACAAAGGGCGCGGCCUACCACCAGGACAUGCUGGUGCUCGGGAUUAUCACCGGCCUCUUGUCGGUGGUUGGGCUGCCGUGGCAGUGCGCCGCUACCGUGCAGAGCCUUAACCAUGUCCGGCAGAUGGCUACCUUCGAGCCGGCCACGUCGGCGGCAGGGGGUCGCUCCGAGACCAUCGAAUCCAUGCACGAGACGAGGCUGACAGGGUUCUGCGUCCACGCCCUCGUGCUGGGCAGCCUGGCGCUGCUGCCGCAGCUUGGGAAGAUCCCGAUGGCUGUGGUUUCUGGGAUUUUCCUGUACCUCGGCCGGAAGGCCAGUGGCACGUGGAGGUGUACUAGGCUGCUUCCAGUACGACAAGAGGAAAGGAGAGCAAACAGCAGCAUUCGUGGCUAGGAUAGAGAGCUCUGUCUCGGCUGCGAUUUCGCGGUGCCCCCAGCAGUCGAUCAUUUUUUUUCCAGUUUUUCUGUUGGACGUCUCCCUGCUCCUCUUGGCCGCAUCAGUUUUGGAAGGCCCCUGUAGUGUGGCUUCGGACUGGGUUUUCCGCUAGAUGGCGGGAGAGCACGCGUGGUAGUAGCAUGCUCUCUUUAGCUUUUUUAAGUCAGGGCCCUCGUCCAUCGAGCGACCUGAGUCUUUCCUGCCUUGUGUUCCUGAUGUCCUGUCUUUUUUCUCCCUCGAAUCGUUGUAAAGCUGACGAGUCGGGGGCGUUGAGGAAGAGAGGGGAGGGGGCAGGGUAAUUAUCCUAGCGUCCGUCUUCCGCUAAUCUUUGCAUUGGGUUGCGGGGGCGCUUCAUCUCGUUUGUCAUCUUGUCAUCUAUCUGGCUGGUGAGAUGUAGAGAGUUUGCAGGGGAUCCGAUAGGAAGAGAAGGGAAAGGGAAGGAGACUUUUUGUGUGUUAACUUUAGAGAAGCUGUUUUGCGUAUAGAAAUUGCUUCGGCGCUCUUUUUUGUCCCUAUCUCUCAAAAGUAGGGCGGCGGGGAGGGGGUUGACUAGAGAAGCUUCUUAGAGAACGGCUAAGCACGCAACAUCCCUUCACUGUGGAGAAGCUCGCUGGCCACUUUUCCAUUUAUCUCUUGUCCUUGUUUUAGAAAGACUUUUUGUGUGUUUCUUGUUGGCGCGUCCAAAGCAUUAACAAGGCGCGCGGAGAAGAAAGCAGGCAUGGGAGAGCGAACGCCGCGCGUGGCCAUGUGUUUGCGUGCGUGCGUGAUUUUGAUUACCACCAACAACCGCUUUCCUUAUCGCUUGCGCGCGACCAGCCGUGUUUUUUUUAUUAGAAAGUUAACAUAAUCUCACAGAAAGACUGCAACCCGUUCGAGAUAUGUAACCACAGUCGAAAGGGAUGUGCUCAAGUCUUUUGAGUGAGUGGAGGGGAAACCGGCUGGAAACUGGGCUUACUUGUAGUUUGUUGAAGCCUGAACACUGAACUGUAUCAGUGAGCCGUUUGCCCCACGACGAUGGGUGACUGACGACUCUCUUGCCAUCCUUCUGCGUUUUGAAUUUGAGGCUUCUUUGAUGGGCCAAACGGUUCAUUUUUUUAGAAGGGUGACGCAGAGGAAAGCGGUUCUCAAAAAUCUUCGCCAUCACAACGAUUGGGAGUCUCGAGAUGAUCAUGUUUUUCAAUAUUACGUGCCUCACUCUUGUUUAUUUGGCAAGGGGGGAUACUCGUC